AUGGCGCCUAAAAACAACGCCAAAGGCGGCGACAAAGCCAAAGCUGCAAAGGGCAAGGGCAAGGAUGCCGGUAACGAUGCCGAUAAAGGAAAAAUGAAGGCCGCGACGGCCAUCAACACGCGACACAUUCUGUGCGAAAAGCACGCCAAGAAGGAAGAGGCGUUGGAGAAGUUGCGCAACGGAGUCAAGUUUGAUGAGGUUGCGCGCGAAUUUUCGGAGGAUAAGGCGAGACAAGGUGGCUCGCUGGGUUGGAAGGUUCGGGGCAGUCUGGAUGCUGCUUUUGAGAAGGCCGCAUAUGAUCUGGAGCCUAGUACCACUGGAAAUCCCAAGUAUGUGGAGGUGAAGUCGGGCCAUGGGUAUCACAUUAUUAUGGUGGAGGGCCGGAGAUAA